GCUCAACAUCUUCAUCGUAGUUUUUUCUCUCAACUAGGCCUUUCAUGUCUUUUGUAAAAUUUCAAACAAGGAAAUAUCUUAGCUAGCGUUCCAUUAAUGAAUUUAUCGAGUAAUAACGACAUGGAUACGGAGAAAGAGAAUGGCAUAGAAAAUGACACUCACAACAUAGAGACGAAAAAUGAGGACGACGCAUAUGAAGAGAUGCUGGGUGAUUCUCCCCCGGUGAAGCUACUACCACCAACCAACACCGUUCCUGACGCCGAGCCUGAUGAUGAAGAUGAAAUUCAGGUUACGGGUGAUGAGGAUGAAGGACAGGAGACACGGGAGGCAACUGCCGAUCAUGACGGCGUCCAGAUUCGAACAGGAGAUGACGGCCCGCAAGCAACCACCUCCGCCAAUGCGGAGGAUAAGGGAGGAGAGUUGGCUUCUCAAGAGGAGGAGGAGAUCAUCACAGAGCUCCCUCUCGAUCUUUCGACGGUAUCGGAUGAGGUUGAUCAAUUCAUCUCUCAAAUUAACAACAUCUCCGUGGAAGGAGGUGAUGGAUCGCAGCUUCCUGUUGAUAUUCCCAUAUGUGUGGACCAAUUAGCAUCGCUUGUGGAAGCCAAGUUGGAGGAAAUAAACAGGAGUGUGUCCAAAUGGAGCCAACUAGGUGAAGAAGAGACGGCCUCGUUAUUGGGUGCCGUGAAUCGGGUUUCGAGGCUAUCCAAAUCACUCCUCCUCUCGUCUCAAAUCAAUCCCUCUUCAGAACAAACAUACGCCCGAUGCAUCAGCCGGGUGGGAGGCGUCCUCCAUCGCGCUGUGUCCUACUUGGAAGAGGAAUUCCGAUCAUACCUUGAAGAUUAUAAGUUUCCCGAUCCUGCCGAUCUGCCCAACCAGGAGUCCCCUGCAGAUCUGGCUGGUGAUGAUGCCGCGGUUGAGGAGGUAGUUGAGGGUUGUGGUAGUGAUACCACCACCACCACGGCGGUUGCAGAAGACAAUAAGUUCCCCGCAUACCCUGAGGAAACAGUGUCCAAUUUGAACAGAUUAGCCAGGGCCAUGAUUUUCUGUGGCUACAAGACGGAAUGCCUGCAGGUAUACACGAUAUCGCGAAGGAACGCGUUGGAGGAAUGCCUCCGCAAGGUUGGGUUCGAGAAACACAGCAUCGAUGAUGUGCAGAAGAUGAAUUGGGAGGUCGUGGAGAGAGAGAUUGUUGCCUGGAUCGCAACAUUCAAGCAUUGCGCCGAGGUGACCUUCUCCUGCGAAAGGAAGCUGUGUGAUGCCGUGUUUUGUAACUGUGGCGAUGGUGGUGAUGAUGAUGGGUCAUCAUCAUCAUCAUCCAGCAUCAUCUUUGGUGGCUUAUCCAUGGGUUUCGUGCUCCAGUUCUUUGUUUUCCCUGAAGCGGUGGCAAUGACAAAACGCUCCUCGGAGAAGCUGUUCAAGUUCUUGGAUCUGUACGAGGCGAUGCGAGACCUUCUCCCUACAAUGUUCUCAAACAUCCCCGGGGAGUGCAUAGGGGAGCUGAAGGCGGAAGCAACCCUGACCAGGGGUAGGCUGGGGGAGGCGAUGGUCUCAAUUUUCACAGAGCUGGAAAACUCGAUCAAGGCAGACUCUGGAAAGACCCCUGUUCCAGGGGGUGCGGUUCAUCCCCUCACUCGCUACAUUAUGAACUAUCUAAAAUUAGCUAGCGACUACAAGGAGACGCUAGAGCAAGUGUUCAGAGAGCACCAGAAGAUCGACAGAGCGGAUUCUGCAACAGGAUCAGACUUCGACUACAACAGCAGCAACAGCAACUCUAAUUCCCAGCAGCCUCUGGGUCACACGGCUGCCGCCACACCCAGGCGGCAAUCGCCCUUGGAAAUGCAGAUAGCAAAAGUAAUGGAGCUGCUGGAUGUGAACCUGGAAAACAAAUCUAAGCUCUACAAAGACCCCUCCCUUUGCUCCAUUUUCAUGAUGAACAACGGGAGAUACAUACUGCAGAAAGUGAGGAGUUCUCCGCAGAUCAAUGCCUUGAUGGGGGACCAAUGGUGUAGAAAACGGUCCUCAGAUCUGAGACAGUACCACAAGACGUACCAGCGGGAAACCUGGGGAAGACUGUUACAGUGUUUGAGCAUUGAGGGGCUGAACGUCCAUGGGAAGAUUAACAAACCUGUGUUGAAAGAGAGGUUCAAGAGCUUUAAUGCGGUGUUCGACGAGAUACACAAGACUCAAACCACCUGGGUAAUAAUUGACGAACAACUUCAAUCCGAACUCCGGGUUUCCAUUUCCAAUAUGGUCAUCCCCGCCUACCGAUCCUUUCUUGCUAGGUUCAGUCAAACCUUUACCCCAGGGAGACAGACGGAGAAGUAUGUCAAGUACCAGCCUGAGGAUAUCGAAACUUACAUUGACGAGCUUUUUGAUGGGAAUGCUAAAAAAUAAAUUCGAAUUGAAGCUAUAGCAAGAUAUAAUGCUGCUGCGGGCUAACUCGAGUGCGUGCAUGCCUUUACUUACUGGAUUCCC